AGAAACGAAUGCGUUGAACAUUUCAGGCCGUUCAGGGAAGCACUUGUCGGACAUCGGAUGGGAACGCUGUCCGACAGUAUGUUAGCUGUUAAGUUGUAGAAUGCUAAGUUGUAAGUCAUAUGUACAUUUUGUAAUUUGUUUGUAACCUAAGUAUUCCCGGAAACACCUUUAACCAUGGCCGAAGAUAUAGUAGAAAGUUACAGUUCGUCUCUUCAAGAUCUGACCUUCAACAGCAAACCGCUGAUCAACAUGCUGACGAUGCUGGCGGAAGAUCACGAGCAGUAUGCACCACAGAUCGUUCAAGUUAUCGAACAACACAUUGAACAGGUGAAGUCUUCACACAAGCUGCCCACAAUGUAUCUGAUAGACUCAAUUAUCAAGAACCUGCCAUCAUCUCUCUAUCCAAAGCAAUUAUCACAAAAUAUUACCCAGACUUUUUGUGGGGUAUUUGAAGAGGUAGAUGAAAAGACACGUCAGUCGCUCUUCAAGCUGAGACAAACAUGGAAAGAUAUAUUCCCCAACAAGAGACUGUAUGCUAUCGAUGUACGUGUAAAUAUGAUGGAUCCAGCAUGGCCUAUCACAGCUCAGGCUCCAGAGCAAGGAAAUAUACAUGUAAACCCAAAGUUUCUUGUGCAGAGUGCAGAGGAUAAGGCUCGAUUCUCUCCUCCUGCCCCUUCUCCCCCUCCCAUGGAUGAUGCAGAGGAAUUGAUGAGGCAACAACUACAAGCCAAGGAACAAGAAUUGCAGAAGCUUAAAUUGGAACUAGAAUUGGCUGAAACUAGGGCCAAGUUAGAGGAACAAAAGAAACAGCUUGAACAGAAAUAUCAUGCUGAACAAAAGAAAAAUCAUGGAUCCACCACGCCCAGCAUGCCUAUUCCUGAUCCUGUGCCUCCAAUUCCUUCUAAGUCAGCAAGCAGUGGCCCAAGAGAUCCUAGACUUGCUUCUAGAGAUCCAAGGAAAGCAGCCCGAGAUGCCAGACAGGUUCCAAGUACAGCACCCCCAUCCACUGGGGGGAACUUGGCUGUCUUGCAGAACACCAAUGUUGUUGCUGCUUUAAGCAAUGUGCUAAUGGGAAGUCAGCCAGCUGCAGGUACCCCAGCUCCUAAUAUUGAUCCGAAUGUAGGCACUGGAGCCAAGAUACCUUCUCAAAAACAGGACAGUAGGAAAGACAAAUAUUCAAAAGAUGUCAAGAAAGAUUCAUCAUCAUCUAAAAAGCCAUCCCCCGAUAAGAAAGAACAGACAGAGCUGAGUGACUCCAAAAAAUCUGAGAAGAAAGAUAGCACAUCCAAAUCACCAAAGAAAGAUACUAGGAGCUCUAGAGAGAAAUUAAAGGAGCCCUCAAAAGACACUAAGAAAAAAUCACCAAAGUCUGACCCCAGAGAAAAAUCCAAAGAGAGAGAAACCAAAAGUUCCAGAAAGAGUAGGAGUAUCAGUCCAAGGAAAGACAGAAUUGUGAGUAAGGAUAAGGACGCUAAGUCUAAAAUAAGAGAACAGGAAGAACGAAGGUCAUCUGAUGAAGAAUAUGCUAGAUUCAAAAGGCAGAAUUUUCACAGAAAUGCAAAUGAAGAUGAAGAUGAGGAUCGAUUUGGACGCAUGACUCGAGCUGGAAGAGGGUUCCGACAAAGAAAUGGUGAGAAAGACCGACCAAGACAUGAAAUGGCUCGUGGCAGGAGAGGGAGUAAAGAUGAAUUUGAGAGGUCUCCCAGAAGAUCAAGAUCACCUCAAAGAAGGGAAAAGGAUAGAAACCAGAAAUCUCACAAGAAAAUUGAAGUAAAGAAUGAACCUGAGCAUCAAAUGAAGACAUUGCCAGAUUUGCCUUUGCCUCCAACUAUGCCAUUAGACCAGAUCUUACCAAAGGACUUUGAUGUGCGAACUCCCAAACUGAAUACACUUAGUGUGAAGAGAGAAGCUCCUGAAAUGGAUGUUGACGAAAGGUCAAUUGGUAUGAGGCAAACUGGCCCUCCUGAUUCUAAGCGCCCUCGCACUGAUACAGGCCCUGGAGAGGUGGAAGCAUCUGAAAACCUGUUUGGAGGUGAAGAUAUAGACUACAGAUUUGCUGGAGCUCCACUGAAAUCUCCUGUCCAUGAUGGCUGGUUGAAGUACAAGACUAGUCGGCCAGAUGAAUAUGCAGGAGAACUAGAGAGAAGGAAAUCCAGGGAGGAUGACCAUAUGCAAGAUGUUGAUUUACGCAGAAUUAAGUCUCCAAAUAUUAAAAUGAGACCCCCACCAAUGCCACCAGCCGAUCUAACUAGCAAUGUGUCCAUUCCAUUGGAACUCCAGUUGGACAAACAACAGGAAAUCCUCAUCCAAGCAGAGAGGCAAUUGCAGGCAGGUACUCUCUCUCAUGAACAGCAUCAAGAUCUCCUGAAGCAACUCAGUCAGGUUUUUGACAUUCAGAGAAUCAGGCAGAAACAAACCAGAGUUGACCCAAGAGUAGCUGCAAGAGAGGCAAGAGAGAAAAUAGUGCAAGAUGUGUGUGUUGGUUCAGUAAAGAAUGAAUCUGCUGAUCUUCCACUUGGUACAAGUGAAGAUGUUGACCAUAGGAGACCUUCCAAAGAUUCUGUUGAGAAAUCUUUGAUGGAUGUUGAUAGGAGACAAAGUGGAGGUGAUAUCGACAUAAGGAAAGAUACUUCUCUGGAUGUUGACAUAAGGAAAAGACCUGCCUUUGAGGUUGAUCAGCAACUUCAGAGUGACAUUGAUAUCCGUAAACAACUUCUUUCAGACCUGGAUAAUAAAAGGAAACAUGGUGACACCAAUUCAAGGAAGCCAGUGCCUAGUGACACAGACAUUCGCAAGAAGCUACUUGCAGAUCUUGAUCUCAAAAGGAAACAGUUCACUGAUGUAGAUGCAAGGAAACCAAUUCCAAGUGACAUUGUCAAUAGGCAGACAAAGCAGGAUCCUAUGGAUGUUGAUAUUCGACAAAAAAUGCCAAGGAGAGAUCCUCGGAAGAGAACGACGGAUGUUGAUGAGAGGAAAGGUCUUGCCGAGAAGGAGACUUCUCAAGGAGAUGUUGAUAUUCGUCAGAAACCAGCAGCUAAUGUUGAUAUUCGUCAGAAACCAGGAGCUGAUGUUGAUAUUCGUCAGAAACCAGCAGUCGAUGUUGAUAUUCGUCAGAAACCAGCAGCUGAUGUUGAUAUUCGUCAGAAACCAGCAGCUGAUGUUGAUAUUCGUCAGAAACCAGCAGUCGAUGUUGAUAUUCGUCAUAAACCAGGAGCUGAUGUUGAUAUUCGUCAGAAACCAGCAGCUGAUGUUGAUAUUCGUCAGAAACCAGCAGCUGAUGUUGAUAUUCGUCAGAAACCAGCAGUCGAUGUUGAUAUUCGUCAGAAACCAGCAGUCGAUGUUGAUAUUCGUCAGAAACCAGCAGUCGAUGUUGAUAUUCGUCAGAAACCAGCAGCUGAUGUUGAUAUUCGUCAGAAACCAGCAGUUGAUGUUGAUAUUCGUCAGAAACCACCAACUGAUGUUGAUAUUCGUCAGAAACUAGCAGCUGAUGUUGAUAUUCGUCAGAAACCAGCAGCUGAUGUUGAUAUUCGUCAGAAACUAGCAGUCGAUGUUGAUAUUCGUCAGAAACCAGCAGUCGAUGUUGAUAAUCAUCAGAAACCAGCAGCUGAUGUUGUUAUUCGUCAGAAUUCAGCAGCUGAUGUCGACAUUCGUCAGAAGCCACCAACUGAUGUUGAUAUUAGAUCCAAAGUGCUAACCAAUCUUGAAACAAGGCAGACAGUACAGGCUAAGCAAUCUGCUGAUGUUGAUAUUCGUCAGAAAUCUUCAAAUGAUGUGGACAUUAGACAACAUUUGUCAAGUGAUAUAGGCCAAAGAUCAGCCCUAGUUGAUGUUGACAUCAGGCAAAAGCCACCUGCUGAGGUUGAAGAGCCAUCUAAGCUGACUGUUAAGCAACCAUGCGACACAGAUAGUAGGCAGAAAUCACCAGAAAAGAUGAAAACUCAAAAGCCUGUUGGUGAUGUUGAUAAUCGCCAUAAACCAGUCAAAGAUGCUAUAAUCAAAGUUUCACCGUCUAAGGAUGCUGAAAAAACUACAGAUGUAGAUGUUCGAAAGAAGCCAAAGGGUGAUAUUGAUGUUCGUAAGAAAUCUUCGAGGGAGGUUGAAAAGAAACCUCAAAGUUCAGUUGCCAGCUCUGAACAGCCAGUUGACACCGACAUCCGGAAAAGGGUACCACGGCAACCUCUCCUUCCAACUCCUGGUGACAUGGAUAUGAGACCACCUCCGCUCCUGGAAUCUCCCAUAAAAAGACCUGGUCGCCAGAUGGAUGUUGAUGAUCGAUCCAUGCCUUCAAGGCAUCUCGAAAUGCACCCGAUGGAUGUUGAUGCAAGGCACAUGAGACACAGCCCCCCUCGUAUUCCUCGUGAAGACCCUCACUUCAGACAUGGUCCUCCUAGUGAUUUUGGAGAUCGUGAUCUCAGACAAAGAUCUUUGCCUAAAGACUUUGAUCACAGAGGCCCACAACAAGAUUUUGAUAACCGUGGCCCCCUUAGGAAUAUUGAUCACAGGGGAAUCCCUAGGGACAUUGAUCCCCGAGACCAACCUCGAAGCAUGGAUUCUCGUGGCCCACUGCUAGACAUUGACCCAAGAGGUCCUCUGCGAGAUAUAGAUCCGAGAGGUCCACCAAGAGACAUUGAUCCCAGAGGCCCACUAAGGGACAUGGAUUCCAGAGGUUUACUACGAGACAUGGAUCCCAGAGGUCUUCCUCGAGAGCUGGAUCCCAGAGGCCCACCACGAGACAUUGACCCAAGAGGCCCACGAGACAUUGAUCCAAGAGGCCCACCACGAGACAUUGAUCCAAGAGGCCCACCACGAGACAUAGAUCCAAGAGGCCCACCUCGAGACAUUGAUCCAAGAGGCCCACGAGACAUUGAUCCAAGAGGCCCACCUCGAGACAUAGAUCCAAGAGGCCCACCUCGAGACAUAGAUCCAAGAGGCCCACCUCGAGACAUUGAUCCAAGAGGCCCACCUCGAGACAUAGAUCCAAGAGGCCCUCCUCGAGACAUUGAUCCAAGGGGCCCACCACGAGACAUUGAUCCAAGAGGCCCACCUCGAGACAUAGAUCCAAGAGGCCCACCUCGAGACAUAGAUCCAAGAGGCCCACCUCGAGACAUUGAUCCAAGAGGCCCACCUCGAGACAUUGAUCCAAGAGGCCCACCUCGAGACAUUGAUCCAAGAGGCCCACCUCGAGACAUUGACCCAAGAGGCCCACCUCGAGACAUUGAUACAAGAGGUCCACCACGCGACAUAGACACAAGGGGCCCACCACUCGACAUAGAUCCCAGAGGUCCAAUGAGAAACUUUGAUAGUCGUGGCCCUCCAAGAGAUUUUGAUGUGAGGGAAUUUGACCAACAAGGUCCACCUAGGGACUUUGAUCACAUUGGUCCACCACAAGAUCUGGAUCAGCGGGUACCACCCCAAGAUUUAGACUUUCGUGGGCCACCAAGACCAAAUGAAAGACCAGACAGGUUUGAACCUAGGGAAGAUAUUCCACCACCAAGAGACUUUGAAACUCAUCCAAGAGAAAGAUCUCAGAAUCUUGAUCAAGACCUUCGAGGACCAAGAUCUGAUUUUGAUCAAAGAGGCCCAAGAUCUCGACCUGAAUUUGAAGAUAGGGAUAGACCUGGAUCUAGACGUCACCAUGAUAACCGUCAAGGUCGAUAUUCCAGACGAGAGGACAAUUUAAGAGAUGGUCCCCAAGAUGAUCGGUUUCCUGAUCGAUGGGAACGACGUGGCAGAGGUUCUAAUCAAGGUGGUUCACGUAGGCACGAGUCAUACCAAGAUCCUCGUUGGCAAGCUAUGAAAGGAUUUCAGCAACUUGAGGCUAGGGAGGAGUUUGUUAUUGAUGGCAGAGCUUAUGAGAUUAAAAUUGGGAACAAGCCAAAGAAACUAAAAAUGAAGGGAUCUUUUAUGGAAAUUUAUGCUGAUCCGAUUCAAAGAGCAAUACUGAUAAAUGGAAUAUUGUACUACAAAUUUGGAGAACCUAUUAAGCAGAUAGAAUUUGAUCAGAAAACAUACACUGUCUAUUUUAAUGGUUUGCCAAAGCCUGUUUGGCUAGAUGGAACUCAGCAUGAGCUAAGGAUUGAUGCCCCACCAAGAAAUAUCGUAAUUGAUGGCAAACCACGAGGAUUCCAAAUAGAUGGCAGAGACAUGAUGAUUCUUGUAGACCGCCUUGAAAAGGGGACAUAUGGGGGACCUCCAAGACAACUUCUAAUUGAUAAUGUUAUUCAUGAGAUUAGGUUUGAUGCCCCUCCUCGGCAGAUCUUGAUUGAUGGACAGUCUUGUGACUUGAUCCUGGAUAGGGCUAUUCCAGUUGUUAUAUACAAUGGGAAACCUCAUGGAAUUAGGUUUGAUGGUCCCCCAAGAGAGAUGAUCAUUGAUGACUAUCGAUUUCUUGUACCAAUGGACAAAGCAGACAAAGUUCGGAUCAAAUAUAAGCCACAUUACUUGGCAUUUGGUGGUCCAGCUCAUGAAGUAAUCAUCAAUGGAAAAAGGUAUGAGAUUAAAUUUGAUAAUGUGCCAAGAGAAAUCGUGAUAGGACACACACCACAUGUUAUUCGUCUUGAGGGACCUACUCCCAAUGUGAAGAUUAUGGAUGAAGUACCCAUAGAAUAUGAGAAUGCCAUGGUGAAAUCAUUGGGUGUUCAUGGACAUGCUCACAUGACCCCUCAAAGUCGGAUGCAAGGACCUGGUCCCAUGGGUCCUCAGAAUUUUGGUCCAGGUGGUCCAAGGCCAAUGAUGCAAGACGGCCCCCAACCAAUGAUGCCAGGUCAACCGAUGAUUCCAGGUCAACAGAUGCCUCAGCCAGGGAUAGCACAACCUAUGCCAGGCAUGCAGGGUGGAAUGGUGAUGCAAGGUGGACCAAUGAUGAUGCAGAACCAGAUGAUUGGCGGCAUGCAGUCCAUGAUAGGAGGGAUGCAGAUGCAGCAGGGUCAAAUGAUGAUGGGUGGAGUUCAGCAGAUGCCAAUGCAACAGGGAGGAAUGUUUAUGCAGCAAGGUACACCAGUGAGCCAGGGUCUCGGAUUGCCCAGUGUCUUGAGCAGCUUAUUGCCAGGAGCAGGUGGUAUGCAAGUUCCAAGUGCACAACCUGCUUCUGUAGAUGUUGGUUCACUCUUCCAAAAGCUGGUGGCUGCUGGUAUCAUACCUCAGGGAGAGAAGACUGAAGACAAGCCUGCUGAAUCUGUCGUCAACAAGAAGGACGUUAAAGAAAAAUCUGACAAAAGGCAUGAGAGACACGACAGACAUGACAGGCAUGACAGGCAUGACAGACGUGAGAAGAGUGACAAGAGUGACAAGAGUGACAGAGGGGGGCGUUCAAAGGUAUCACAAAACAAAGACAUGGAUGAUAAAAUCCCCGAAAUUAUCCUGGCCAAGACAGACACAAUGAAAAAGUUCUACAAAGGAGUCAUUCAAAAAAUCUAUCACGGCAUCCAGUGCUCAUCUUGUGGUACCCGGUUCAGAAUGGAGGACACGGAUAUCUACAGAGAGCAUCUUGACUGGCACUUUAGACAGAACAAGCGCGGGAAAGAUGACACCAAAGUGGCAAGAAAUAGAAACUGGUACUACAAAACCAACGAUUGGAUUCAAUAUGAAGAGUUUGGAGAUUUGGAAGAAAAAGCUCACAGUCAGAUAUUUGACAAGAUGCUUCAAGGUCAAGGACAGACUGUUCCAGAAACAGUUGGGUCUGGGUUCAAUCCUCCACCAGGUGUGGAUUUCAUCAGCUGCCCUCCGGCAACAGGCAAUGAGCAGGAUGAUGUGUGCUGCAUUUGUCACGAUCCAUUUGAGCAGUACUGGAACGAGGAAGCGGAAGAUUGGCAUCUGCGUGAUGCAGUAAGAGUUGACAAGAAGACAUACCAUCCUGUUUGCUUCCAGGAUGCAAGAGAAGAGGGCACAAUACUGGAACCAUCACCCACUCCAACCACCACCUCCCAGGAAAACCCUCUUGUCCAACAGAUACAGGCGGUCACAGCCAACUCAUCCAAAUCACCACCUCCCCUCAUUCCCACCCAGCCAAUCCCAGUCUCCUCCCCAGUCACAACAGUCACACCCACUCCAGUCACAGUCAAAACUGAGCCAAUCAGCAUGGAGGAGGAGUCUGUGACACCUGCAACUCAAGUGCCUAGUGAGCCAAUCGGAAAAGAGCCUGUUGAAGCCCCAGUCAAAGAACCUGAAGAAACCCCAGCUGAAGCACCUGUAACUAGCCCACCUCCUAUAGUGAAGGAAGAGCCAACAGAUUAGUGUCUUCUUGUGCAAUGGUCUAUUUAUAGUGUCCCUGCUGUGAUAUUGCUGGAAUAUUGAAAAAAGCUGUGUUAAAAGCUCAUUCACUCACUCACUCAUCUUUGUACAACUGGACAGUGUUUGGGAUGAGAGAUUUGACAUCCCAGACUGUACAUGUGUUUCAUUGGAUCUCAUCUGAAAACAGGCUUAAUCAAAUCAGUACUUUCAUGAGUGUAUACAAUAAAACAUGAAUGUAUAUAUGUAGAUAUGUAAACCUCGCAAUUGUACAUUGUGUAGAUGUGCUGAAGAAUGUGCUUAUUGUUCAAUCCAAAGAUGGUGCAUGAAUCUUUUGUUUCCUACUGUAAAUGUGUAAAAAUGAAUCAUCUAGAAUAGGGGUGUUUGUACAAAUCAACGUCUAGGUCAGAUAUCACCCAGUGUGAGUUCAAGUAACUGUACAGCAGGUCUAUGCAAAAUAAAAUUGGUGCAGUAAGGUAUGCGUGUUCAUGGGAUUGACUGCGAUCAGUGUGAAGGGCAUUGUUCUCACUAGUGUAGUCUUGUCUCUUUACAGAAUGUCUCUUAUAGAACUUGGAUAUAUUUUUGGAUAAGAUACAAAUGUGUGAUCAUGGAAUUAGUUUUAUUCUAGAAAUAUAUUUCUGCAUAUUUUUGUCAAUUCUGUGAUGUUUAAAUAUUCACAGUUCAUAAUUGGGAACACAGAUUUAACUGAUAUUGAAUAUAUGGACUCAAAAGGUGACAUGUACAAAUAUGACAUUACUUUUUACUCUUCAUUCAAAAUUCAUUUUGUUAUCAACUUGUUUUAUGAAUAUUUUUUUCUUUUACAAUUGAUAUUUUAUUGUCUCAGACAGUGUCAUUUGGUUUGAAAAGUUCAAUAAUAAGUCUGGAUAAUUUAUUUGCCUUUAUUUAUUCAAACUUUGUACUUUUUCCAGAGUUCUUGUUUUACUUUUGAAACCAAAUUAUUGAAUGGUCCACUUUAUAUCAUUAGUUCAUAGAGAGUGCUCAUUUGAAAGUUUGAUGAAUGAAAGAAGUUAUUCUGAUGUUUUCUAGUCACAAACAUAACGUGAUGACAGUGCUACAUGACUUAGAAGAAACAUUCCAAUUCCACUUCACCAAUGUCUGCCAAAUUGCUGAUGCAUCCUAAAGCAAUAAUUACUUGCUCACUCCAGAGUUAUGUUAAUAUUUAACGUUUGUUUGCGGAGAAAUCAGCAUGACCAUUGCAAGAAACAUAUUACUGAAACAAACCUCAUAUCUUUUAAAUUCAGGGUAUGAAUUCUUUAAAGGGUUGGGAGCUCAAAUAAUUUAAUCAAAAGUGUGAGUGUUUUGUAUUUUCAUAAUAUAUUUCGACUUCUGACAAGUGAUAGUCAGUAGUGUAUGUUCAUCGUCUUGUAUUCCAUCUUUAUAAUGUGGAACAUUGAAUGAGAUAACUUUUAUUUUCUGUCUAAAUGAUGUGUCUAGCUCAAGAUUAAAUAAAUUUUGAGUUUACUAAA